AUCGAGGACUAGGUGACCAAGAUGGACCCGGGCUUUAGAGGAAUUAACGUGAGUAGGAUUGCAAGUCAAUUUCAGCCCUGUACGUAUUCCAUGUCUAGAUCAAUUUCUUCCCCAUGAUUACGUUAGGUCUGGGGGCCUUCUUCGUGAGCGCAAGUAUUUCCUCCUCAGCUUGUGGAACCUCAGAAGCGGUGAUUAUUAUCAAGCAAUGUGAGGCCCGUGAUCAGUGAUCGUGUCAAAUAUGUAUAUAAGUCUCUAGUGAGUCGUCCUUUCUCCUCAAGAGUCACUCUUCAGCGAGAGAGUAGAAGUAUCAAUCUACAAUAUGAAGCCUCAAACUUUCCUCCCCCUCUUUUCCGCCCUCUUCUCCCUCUCUAGCCUCGCUGUGGCACUUCCUCCUCCUCACAAAACAACAACCAAUUCCUCAAUCCCACAAACCAUCUACGAAUUCGGCAACGAUACGUGGGUCGAAAACCUCGCCGUCCGCCACAACGGCAAAGUCCUCACAACAAUCCUCUCUCCGCUCCCCCAAGUCUGGCAAAUCGACCCCUUCACUCGCACUGGCGAGCUCAUCUACCAAUUCCCAGACGUGACUGGCGUCGCCGGAAUCACAGAAGUGGAACCUGACAUCUUCGCUGUUGCUGUGGGAAAUUUCUCGCUUGAGACGUUCAAGGGAACCCUAGGGAGUUACAGCAUUUGGAGCGUUGAUUUCUCGAAGAAGGAGGUCGAGGUUAAGAAAGUGACGGAUAUGCCAGACGCGCAGUUCUUGAACGGGAUGACGACUCUUCCCACGCAGGAGCAUACGGUGUUGAUUGCUGAUUCGUUUCUUGGGGUUAUGUAUCACCUGGAUGUAGUGACGGGUGCAUACAGCGUUGCGAUCGAUAAUCCGGAUUUUAAGUUUAAUGCUAGCGAUUCUAUACAGCUUGGUAUCAACGGUAUCCAUUAUCGAGAUGGCUUCGUGUAUUUCACCAACACAUUCCUCACACCCCUCAUAGCCCGGAUCCCCGUCCACGCGAACGGCUCAGCAUCAGGUCCUGUCAAACCUAUCUCCAGCAAUUUCACCACACCAGACGAUUUUGCACUCGAUAGACAUGGCAACGCGUGGAUAGCGACUGAUCCGAGCAACAGCCUGGUCAAAGUGACGCUUGAUGGCGAGGCUACGGUCGUCGUUGGAGGUGCUGACGAGACGGUUUUGUUGGGAGGGACUUCGGCUGCUUUUGGGAGGACGGUGGAGGAUUGGGAGGUUUUGUAUGUUACUUCGAAUGGGGGGUUGGGGAAUCCGCCUGCGAGUGGGGUGCAGCCGGGGAGGUUGUAUGCUGUUGAUACGUCGAAGGUGUGAGGUAGUCGCUGAGAGGAGGUCUGGACUGUUCAUGGAAUGACUGUUGCUAUCCGGAACGGAGUAUAUGGGGCACGAGGAGAGUUUCGAUCAUAUUCAAAUCAAAUGUGUAUACUUCACAGACGAUCAAAAUGGGAGAGCUAGAGGCAAAGUGAAAUAAUGUAGACCAAACAAAUGAGACAUGUUUAGCUCC